AGACACUGAAAGUGAUAUGAUGAUACGAUUUAACGAAAAUAAUUUUAUGCUUCUGUCCCGGUAUUAAUUCCUUUAACUAAUGCACAAAUAUAUAACGUGUAUGACACAUUUGUGCAAAUUUCAAACCCAACAAACUCUGGUUUGAAGGGCUCGCCAUAAAAAUAACUGUUAUUCAAUUAAAUUAUUGAGUUUAUUCCAUCAAGUCGCAUGCAAGAAAAGUAAAUUCUCAAAGCCGGUAUAAAUAGGGUUAACCCCAUAGCGUUGGACAGGGAAAUCCCAUUAAUUAAGCCUAGCUAGCAGCUGGUGACCAUUAAUUAAUUAUUAACAGAUCGAUCGAGAGAGAGAGAGAGUAUGAAAAUGGCGGCUGCCGCAUUGCCGACAACAGUGGUUCUGAGGGCGGAUUCGAGCAAGAAGUACUACUUGCGCUACGUCCACCAAGGCGGCGACAAACACCAAUGCAUGGAGUCCUCCGGAGAGACGGUGCUGAGCCCAUUCGCCAAGUUGGAACUCGAAUGCGCUAAGGACACCCCUGCCGCCCAAGGGCUGUUCCACAUACGCUGCUGUUCCAACAACAGGUACUUGCAACUGGCUCAAGCUAAUAAGGAAACUAAUAAGAUUGACCCGCGGAUCGUGGCGGCAGCCAAGUCACCGGAGGAGGAUCAAUCCAAGACAACAUGCACGUUGUUCAAGGUAACUGUACUUAGCGAUGACCCUACUGCUCCCGGCGGCCGCCAGCUGUCCAUCAAUCUCCUCCACGUUAACCUCAAUCAGUACGCCCACAUCUCCUCCUCGCCGGACUCUAAAUACGGCUCCUGCUUGUUCGUCGGCGAUACGGCCCAAGAUUCCGACCGCGCUUUCCACGUCACCAACUGGGAAUCUUUGGUCUUCCUCCCCAAGUACAUUACUUUCAAAGGCGAGAACGGAAGGUACCUGAGCGCGUACGAGGGCAAGUACGGCCACCGGCUGGGCUUCCGAGUGGACGAAAUCGGCGACCCUACCGUCGGGUUCGAGAUCUCGGCCAACCACGACGGCACGGUGCGCAUCAAAUCGAUGGACACGGGCCUGUUCUGGCAGUACACCACCAGCACAAUGGUGGUGCCGUGGGCCAGUGGGGAAGCUGGUACCGACGACGACGACGAAACGACGUUUUUCCAGCCGGUGAAGGUGAAGGACAACGCCAUCGCGCUGCGCACCGUGAGCCCUCAUCGGAACUACUGCAGCACGAUGCUGUCCGGGUACAAGAACGAAGACGAGCUCCACGCCAUGGACCGGAACGUGACCCGGUUCGCCCAGCUGGAGGUGGCCGAGUUCGUCAUCUCUAGGAAGAUCUACAACGUCGAUUUCCGGCUGACGGAGGGCAGGAUUUACAACCACAACGUCGUCGUCAAAGGGAAAGGAGUGGCGGUGAACAGCACAGAGAAACCGAACACGGCCAGCGUGAGGCUGUCGUACAGAGACGUAAAGAGCAGCAGCUGGCGGGCGGGACUGUCGCUCAAGGUUGGAGUCAAAAGCACGCUCUCCGUCGGUCUCAAGAUUCUGAAAAUCUUCAAGAUGAGAGGUCAACUGGAGCUCAGCGCCCAACUAGCCGGUUCUUACCACUGGGGGGAAACCGACGACGAGGCUUCUCGUGUGGAGACAACCUACCAGGUCGUCGUGCCGCCGAUGAGUAAAGUGACCGUCGCAGCCAUGGCUUGCACCGCCACCUGCGACGUCUCCUUCUCCCACACGCAGCACGACACACUGUACAACGGCCGGCAGGUCAUCUCCGUCGUCGACGGCGGGAUCUACACCGGGACCCAGUCUUAUGACAUGAAGUACGAGACCAAGGUCGAAAAGCUCGCCUCAUAGAUUAUUCCAUUCAUCACCACAAUCGAUCUUCUCGACGUGCUCUACUUACUGAUCAUAAUUAAUGUGUGCUUGCUGAUUGGGACUUUUGUGAAAAUUAAAGUAGUACUAUAUGAUCUCGUGUGUGUGUUGAUCGCUUUGUAUAUUGUAAAAAUUUAUUUGCAUCGAUCUAAGUAUGUUUACGUAUGGGAAUGGAUUAUCAUUUAUGAUAUGAAAUAAAUGUGAGUGUGUUUGCGUGUUCACCGCGCCAAAACGCUCGGUUUUAUACGGUGCGGUUCAGCAUGCACCAAAUCGUUGCACAUCCUUAUUUUCAAAUGUCGCUUAAAGAUGUCAAAAUAUCGGUUUAGUUUUGCACCGACAUUUAUAAAAAAUGACGGCUAAUUGUAUCGAAAUGUCGUUUUUUAUUUUUUCGCUUAAAGUUACUGCAACAUCUAAAAAAAUGUCGGUGCCUACAUUAUCCGACAUGUAUUUCGACAUAUGAAAAUGUGACUAUAGAACCUUGCGACAUCUACAGAAAAUGUUGGGACAUAUAUCUUCCGACGUUUUAUUUUGACAUAUGAAAAUGUUACUAUAAAACCUCGCGACAUUUACAAAAAGUGUUGGUACAUAUAUCUUCCAACAUUUUAUAUCGACAGAUGAAAAUGUGACUGUAGAACCAUGCGACAUUUACAAAAAGUGUUGGUACAUAUAUCUUCCGACAUUUUAUUUUGACAUAUGAAAAUGUGACUCUGAGUUGAUCUGAGUUGCACCCCACUGGCCACUGUGGCUCUGAUACCAAGUUGAUAGACCUCAGGAUCUAGGGUGCGAUUAGUGAGGGAAAUUGGGGAAUGGAAGUAGAUCAAUUAGGGAUUGAACUAGGGAUUUAGGGUUUCAAGGACGUAGGUAUAGAGAGAGAGAGAGAGUCGGCCGAAGCCUAUAGGAAGGGAGAGGGAGUGGGCUCGGCCUAGAGAGGAGAAGGGAUUAGGGUUUGAAUAAUCUCAUUAAGCUUGACCUUAAUCCUUGCUUACAAGGUAUUUAUACUAAUCGACAAUUAUCCCCUUUACUCCCCAGAAUAAUAACCUAAUCAUAAUACUCCCCCCAAUUAAUGAACCAACAUAAUAAUCCGAAUAAUAAACCGACACUAAACCGACAGUAAAAUAAGAAUCAUAAAAUGUUUCCAUCAGCAACAUCCGGACUCUCCACUCCUUGCUCCAUUCAGCUUCCAAAUUACAUUCUCUGGUCAUUGACAGUGUAAGUACCUUGUUCAUUUUGUUAUCUGUAGGUUAGCAUAUUAAGAGUUAAAUGGGCUACGGUUUAAUUGCGUUAUAGUUGAAUGGGGCCCAUUUUAUUUUACAACCCAUACGUAAACCCAUGCUAGCUCAUGCACAACCCUAGGUACGUUUGUUGUAUAAAGGUUGGGGGAGAAGUUUGGCCGCCUGUAACUUGUAUGAUCACUAUCUCAACACAGUAAAAUCAGUAGCUGAAGAGCGUUCAAAUUCUUCCGUGGAUUAGUCCUGGAUCACAUCCAGGGAUACCACGUAAACUCCGGUGUCCGUGUUUCGGUUUGUUUCUGCAUCGUAUUAUUCUGUAUUAUUCGGCGACAAUGGGCCCAUUCAACUAUAACACAAUUAAACCGUAGCCCAUUUAACUCUUAAUACGCUAACACUGUAAUCUGCCUUCCACAACUUUCCUUAAUCGGUAUUGACAUUACGCAGAAGAAUUACCUGGCACCAAUGGAGUGGAGAUAUUAGAACAUCUACGAAUGCUCGAGUGUUUGUUAUCAAGUCUCGAGGAAAUCAAGGUCACGGGUCUUGUAGCAAAUGAAGAUGCGAUGAAACUGGUAGCGUAUUUUCUCGAGACUGGACGUUUUUCUGAAGAAGGUGGAUAUGCACGUGGAAGUUUAUCAUCUCGACAUAAAAGUUCGCGACAUUCUUGCUUCGCUGCUGAAACUGCCAAGGGGAUCGAGCCGUUGUGAAGCUUGUCUUUUACUUUCCAUCUAUCAACCGGUCGAAACCGGUAGCAACAAUUAGACUGACAUUGACGAAGAUAUGGAUGAUGAUGAUGACGACGACGACGACUUCGACGACGACAUUGAUGAUGAUAUGGAUUCAGAACUGAUGACCUUGAUGACAGGACUGACAACAGAGGUUGACAAUGAAGAAGAGACUUAGAAGCAAGGUGGUCAACUGCAUUUUCGUAUCCUAGUGAAUACUAGGGCAAAGAGUCUUCGUAUCCGACUCUAUUCUGGUUAUACGGAUUCAUCUUCUAAGGUGACUAUGUAUGGAUUUGGAACUCGUAUCGCAUUUGAUGAUGAAGUGCACAAUAUCAUUAUAGGAAAUUCCUAUAAUACCUUGAAGUUAUUGUAACUUGAUGUUUUUGACCUGCUAUAACAGGUUUCGCAAGUCGCAUUACGUAAAAUACAAUAGGCAUUACAUAAUGGUUACGUAAUGGGUGUUUAUUUUUGCGUAAUAGUUGAAAAAUGUCAUUACGGAAACCUUACGUAAUAGGCACUCAUUUUACGUAAUGAAUAUUAACCUUUUGUUACGUAAUAUGAUAAAUCAUUACGGAAGACUUACGCAACGCUUCUAAUUUAACUGUUACGUAAGAAAUAACUAUUGUUACGUAACCUUUACGUAAUAGAUGCAUACUUUACGUAACAGUUGUAAAGUGGCAUUACGGAAGCCUUACGUAAUUGAUGGUCAUUUUACGUAAUGAAUAUUAAUCAAGUUACGUAAUGUGG